AUGAUACACAUGCAUAGGCAAGGAAUCUAUUUUAUCCCAUAUAGAUAAGCUAUAAAAUGAGCUACAACACCAUGAACCCCGACCUCGAACAGCUACCACCGAGCAGUCGACUAGCAGAGCCUCCUCGAAAACUGAAGGAACGCAGGAGCGCAGCAGAUGAAAGAAAGAGAGCUGCCCGAGCCUGUGACCAAUGUCGGCGGGUGAAAGAGAAAUGCGAAGGAGGAGUUCCGUGCAGAAGAUGUCUUCACUUUCGAAGAGCAUGCGAAUUCAUGACUACCGCAUCUCAAACUGGAGAGCUUCACUCGAACUCCGGGGGAUUGUCAAGCGCUUCGAGUGGAAUCCUCGCUGAACUGCGGGACCGCGCUCGUUACAUGGAGCGAAUUUUGAAGUAUGAGAUCAAAGAAGUUGCUCUUGAUACCGAAAGCCUUCGUCUCAGGGCGGAAGCCAUACCUUGUGAGGGGUCAGACGGCGACAAUACAAAUCCUUCUUCCGAAGAACUUGCUAUUAAAGAUGAGACCUGCACUAUUAGCCCAGUUGAAGGAGAUACUGCAACUCAUUACUCAGGUGAGUUCUCUUACUGGAACUUUUCCAUGCGCAUCAAACGACAAUUGGAGGAGAGAGUGUAUAGUCCGCGAGAAUCGGCACAAAACACAAGUCAUAUAUCGGAUUAUGUUAGGGCUGGACAACUACAACCCAGCCCAGAUAAUCUAUCUGCCGCCAUUUCUUGCUGUCCACCAAGGCCCAUAUCCGACUUUCUUGUUCGGAUUUUUUUCGAAUUUGCAGAGACUCAUCACUUUUACGUUGAGAGACGCUGGCUCUUGGAGAAGCUAGAUCUUAUUUAUGAUAAGCCUGCAGCAUUGGCUAUCAAAGACGCCUCGACGAUGAGCAUAAUUCUUAGCGUAUUUGCAAUUGGUAUACAAUACGCCUACCUCGACUCACCUUCUCAGCAUGAAAGAUUUUACACAAGCGUCGAGUAUUCAGAAGACGAGAUCGGAUCUAUUUUCUACCAGCAAGCGGUCAGACUACUGCCAGAAAUCAUCGAGACUUCGACGCUGGAGAGUGUGCAGGCUUGUUUAUUACUCGGUGUCUAUUCUCUUCCCAUCGAUGCAUCUGGUCUCGGUUACAUUUACGUCAAUCUAGCACUGAGAUUGGGUAUGCAGAAUGGAAUGCAUCGGAAAUACACGGGGAGCGCGCUCAGCGAUGGGAUGAUUGAAACAAGAAAUCGUGUCUGGUGGAGUGCAUAUGUGUGGGAGAGGAAAAUCUGCAUCUUUCACGGAAGACCUCUUUCAAUUCAUCGCUCUGACAUCGACGCAGACUUUCCAAAGGAUCAGGCGGACAUACGAAAAGGAGACUUCCCAUCGAACGUUUCUCACUUGCGUGCUUCAAUAUAUAUGACUCACAAACUGGAGGACUACUUAAAUCAAAUAAAUCUAUCUCGUAAUUGCCCAAAGCAAGAAAUUGCCAACAUAUCGGCGCGCCUGAUCACUAUCAAGACUGGUUUGCAAAAUUGGUGGUCAGGCUUGCCUAUUUCUCAGGAGUCCCCCGAUAAUCCGUACCGCGAGGCCCAUCAUCGAUCAACAGCUCAUCUAAGGCUUGAGUAUUGUCUGAUACGCAUGUUCGUCGGGAGGCCUUUCUUGCUCAGCCGUCCGAAUCCUGGCUCAAAUAACAACCCACAGUCAGGUUUCUCUGACAGCCAGAGUCCUGCAUCAGGGAACAACCAUAAACAAUCAUCAACAAGACAGCAACUUGUCGAGGAUUGUGUUCAGGCUGCAAAGGAAGCACUAGAGAUAUGCCGUUCACUACGCGACGGUGGUUAUGGCUUGGCUCGAGGGUCC